AUGUUGGUACGACGAUCAGCUCCGCUCGGGCUCCUGGUGGUGGCGUUUCUGACCGCGGCGGUUCCUUCUGAGGGGGCUGUGAAAUUUCGAUAUUCUCACAAAUUGGAAACGGUUCCUGAGGAUCCUGGAGUUGGUCGGCUCCCUGGGAAUGUCUUCCCGAAGAGGUACACGAUUAAACUCGAACCUCGCAUCGGUCCGGAUGAGUUCGGGUUCAAAGGUGAAGUCGAAAUCGAGAUAAACGUGCGCCGGGUGACAUCGAUGAUUGUGCUGCAUGCUGCGAGCCUCGACAUAGAAGGACAGUACACGAAACUCCUCCACGCUAAUGGUUCGGAGGUUAACGUCGUGAUGAGACCUGCUUAUGAUGCAGAUGUGAACUUCUACAAAUUGAAGUUGAGCAGUUGCGUCCUGGAAGGUGAUUAUAUAUUGAGGAUGAAAUAUUCUGGAUUGUUGCACGACGACAUGCGUGGAUUUUACCGAGAUUCGUACCUUAACGAUCGAAAUGAAACGUCAUGGUUUGCCACAACCCUGUUCCAACCAACUUUUGCGAGACGAGCCUUCCCCUGCUUCGAUGAGCCGUCCUACAAGGCCACGUUCAAAAUUUUCAUCAUUCAUUCCAACACCCACAAAGCAAUUUCCAAUAUGCCAGCUGUCGACGGGUCUAUGCCUAGCCAAGAUCCAACUAAAAUAAUAACCGAAUUUCAAGAAACUCCGAAAAUGUCGACUUUCCUUGUGGCUUUUAGUGUUUCGGACUUCCAUUAUUACUCUCUUCCUGAUGGAACAUUCCGAAUAUUUGCGAGAAAAAAUAAACUAAAGAUGACUAGAUUCGCUGUGUCCAUGGGUCCCAAGGUGCUUACUGAGCUGGCCAAGUACACGAAUAUCGAUUACAAACUACCAAAAAUCGACAAUUUUGUGACGCCACGGUCUUCUGCUCCUGGUAUGGAGAACUGGGGUCUUGUCACUUACAGGGAGAGUGCACUUCUGUAUGAUGAAGGUCGUACCACCACCGAGGCUAAACACAAAAUCGUUAAUUUGUUGUCACACGAGUUUGCUCAUCAAUGGUUUGGCAAUCUUGUUACUCCGUCAUGGUGGUCCUCCAUUUGGCUUAGCGAAGGAUUCGCAAAGUACUUUGAGUACUGGAUCACCGAUAAGCUCGAGCCAUCGUGGCGAAUGAUGGAUCAGUUUGUCAUUGAAAAUCUUCAAGAAAAGGCGUUCAAUGCUGAUGACAACGAGGAGGCUCAACACCCAAUGGAAAUAACGAUGGCCCUCGACGAUCCGAAUCAAGUGAUGAAAGCAGCUUUCAAUCCGGUUUCGUAUUACAAAGCCAGCUGUGUCAUCCGGAUGUUCGCCCAUGUGCUCGCACCAAACGUAUUCCAAACUGGAUUGCGUAACUACCUGAAGAACAAGAGCUACCAGGUAGUGACAUCCAAUGACUUGAUUAGAGAAUUAGCAGCGGUCAGCCGAGACAUUGAGUUUGUGGACAAAGCACUGAUUUCUUGGAUCACACAACCAGGUUACCCGCUCGUUACAGUGACGCAAGAUUCUGGAAACGCUGUCAUAUCGCAAAAACGAUUUCUUCCAAAGAGCCAGGACGUCCGCAAGGAGCAGUGGUUUGUCCCAAUAAACUUCGUUACCGAAGAGGAACCUGCGAGGUUUUCAGAAACCAGGCCAACCCACUGGCUUCUAAACGAUACUAAACAGCUGAUAAUCCCGGGGUUGAAGAACGACAAGUGGAUCAUCCUGAACAGCCAGCAAACUGGUUACUACCGAGUGAAUUAUGAUGCCAGGAAUUGGCAGUUGAUCAUCAACUAUCUGAAGGAUCCAAGCACCAUGAAAAAUAUCCACGUUCUGAAUCGAGCUCAACUCCUGGACGAUGCUUUCCAUCUCGCUGAAGCCGGUGAACUUCCGGAUCAUUCGAUUUUUUUGGAAAUGACGAAUUAUCUCCAGCACGAAGAGGACUUUGUUCCAUGGUAUGCAGCCCAUCGUGCAUUUUCAACAUUUGACAAAGUUUUGAUGAAUACUGCAGUUUACGAUCGUUACAAGCUCUACAUCCAACGACUCAUUGCGAAAUUGGAAGAAAAAUUGGGCUACACUGAAAAGGAUAACGAAAGUGACGACGUCAAGAUGGCCCGUCCGGAUCUAAUGAAACUAGCCUGCGCGAUGGGCUCUGCUAAAUGUCUGAAUGCCGCUUUCAACAUGAUGUUGACCCAAGUGUACGAAUACGAAAAGGCAUCAGCGGAUCUACAAAACAUUGUACUCUGCGCGGGAAUGCGAUCAGUGAACAAAAACGAAUGGGACAAAGCUUACGACUAUACAAGUGGCUUGAGUCGAGACUCGGAUGAAUAUCGAAUCCUGACGAAUGCACUGGGCUGUUCUACCAACCCAGAGAUCCUUAAGGCGUUCCUCGAGAAAGGAUUUUUCACAGCAUCUGAUGACGAGUACGCAAACGAUGUUCUGGACUCGGUACUCAACGGUGAUCCUGCUGCUGUCGACGCCAUCCUGGCCUUCACCAAGGACAAGUUCGAGUCUUUCAUCGAAUAUUACGGUCCGGACGCGAUCGAGACGAUUCUCACGAGCAACGCAGACAGAAUGACAACACACGAGCAACUGGCACGGCUGCAGGAUUUCAUUGAUACUUUGCCUGCGGAGCAUCAGGAAUUAGCGAAGAAGCUUAGGAACGGCGCUGUCAGCAAAGCCAGCAAGAAUAUCAAGUUGGCGGAAAAAUAUGUGGAGACUGCAGCCAAGUUUUUAAAUGCACAACAUUUGGUUGGAGAAUAA